AUGAUCCGUCUCAAGGCCAAACAAGCGGAAAAGGCGGCAGAAGAGAAACAAGUAGCAGCAGACGCAGGGAACGCCGUGUCGGCCCUGAAGCCCAAGACGAAGAUCCUGGGCGUCGGCCGCGGCAAGCGCAGUGGCUUAAGCAAAGAGAAGAAGCGCACGCCGGGCGAGAUCCGUAUCCAGAAAGAUAUCGCAGAGCUGGACGGUGGCAAGGCCGCGACUGUCACGUUCCCGGAAGUGAACGAUUUGACAUUCUUCAAUGUUAAGAUUGCCGUGGACACGGGUCUGUGGAAGGGCGCGUCGUUUGGCUUUAGUUUCAAGAUCCCGCCUAUGUACCCACAUGACCCGCCAAAGGUCCAGUGUCUGACAAAAAUCUACCACCCGAAUAUCGACCUGGACGGGAACGUGUGUCUGAACAUCUUACGCGAAGACUGGAAGCCCGUGUUGGACAUCAACUCGGUCAUCUAUGGGCUGAUCUACCUCUUCUACGAACCGAAUCCGGACGAUCCGUUGAAUAAAGAAGCCGCCGAACUGUUCCGAAAUGACCCCACGCAGUUUGCUACACUGGUGCGGCAAUCGUUGCGCGGGUACAGUGUUCGAGGCAUUUCGUUUGAGAAACUGAUAUAG